UAAAGGUUUAUCUAUGGUUAACCUUGCUUUAAUUUUUGAAUGUUGUGAAUUGGAAAAAAAAUACGAAAAUUUGAAAAUAUAUUAAUGAAAUUAAAUUGCAACGAUUCGAGUUUACUUCAGGUAUCUCCCGAAUUUUAAUACGAGGGUAGUAUGUGAUUAUAAUAAAAAGUACUAGUCUUCAAUUCAUCAUUAAGUAUGACCAAAAGGAUAGAAGAUGUAAAAACGGCUCAAAAUGAAUUAGGAGAUCUAGUCAAUACUACAGAAUCACUCACGGUUAUUCCUCAAAUGCAGGAAAUGAGUAACAAACAAGUACCCUUAUUUCCUUUAGCAACAUGCAAUUUUUUACAGAAUGGAAAUAGAAAAAGUGCCUUUCAACCUUAUCGUCAGUCGGCAACUUGCACACCUUUAACUAACUUACAAAGAGGAAAUACACAAGCAGAAACUCCAUCUAUUUUACCAACUGACAUAAAUAUACACACUUUAGCAGGAUGUGGAGAAAUAACUGAAGAAGAUGUGAGUAAUGAGAGAGAUUUGAAUGUUUUAGAUAAAGAUGGUUAUACUCCUUUGCACUGGGCAUCUUCAUUUGGACAGUAUAAUGCAGUACAGUUACUUCUGCAGAAUGGAGCAGAUAUUAAUAAAUUAGGGCCUAAUGAGGAGACUGCAUUACAUAUGGCAGCUAAUGGAGGACAUCAUGAAGUAAUAAGACUUUUGAUCAGUUAUGGCGUCCACGUGAAUCAUGUUGAUCAUAUGUUAAAUACAGCCCUUCUUUAUGCAGCUAAAGGAAAUCACCCACAUUCUUGUAAUGAACUCUUGGUAGGCGGUGCUGAUUUAAGUAUGAGCAAUAUAAACGAUGAGACAGCAUUUACUAUAGCCCUCAAAAAUAAUUGUAAUUUAGCCCAGUCUGUCAUCCAGAAACAUAUUCUUCCAAAGUUCGAUCUUUGAAGACCUCUUGCUCUAUAACCUUUGUUUUUGAAUAAUAAUAGUGAUCUAAUUCACAUUGUCAAAAAUAACAAACAAAUUUUGAUAUAAUAGUAUUUAUUGUUCACUCAUUUUAUUGAAUUAAUAGAAUAACAAUUCAACAACUACAAUUAAUAAUA